AAAAGGAAAAGGGAGACCGGCGACGGUACGAGUGACAAUUGUGAGUUGUAUCGCUUGCAAAAGACUCGUGGUGGCAUAAGAGGAGGAUCGGUAGAUUGGCGCGAGGAGAAAGUUUGCAAGUUGUUACGUUAUUAACGUUCGAACCGAUCACGAGAGAAUCGCAACGAAUCCGGGCAACGCGAUGGUGGAAGUUUUGGUGAACGCGUGUGGCCAAGAAGCGAUAAUAUCGGAAAACGAUUGUAAUCCGAACAAUAACCCGACGAAAUAUUUGGAUCGAAACGAUCGUUGCGAUUCGACUUUGGAACACUCGAAUCUCAGUCCAAUUCAGAAUUUCUACAAUGGACAAAGCAUCUUCAUCACAGGUGGUACCGGAUUUAUGGGUAAACUUCUUAUAGAGAAGCUCCUCCGCGAAUGUCCCGGUAUCUCGUUUAUCUAUCUGUUGGUACGUCAGAAGAAAGGGAAGGAUGUGCAUCAACGUAUCGAGGAACUCUUCGACGAUCCGCUGUUCAGCAAACUGAAAGAGAAGCAACCAAAAUUUCGGCAUCAAAUUGUUGCUGUAGCCGGAGACUGCUGCCAUCCGGGUCUCGGGUUGUCUUCCACGGACAGACAAAUGAUAACGCGAGAAGUCUCGAUCGUUUUCCACGUCGCAGCAACCGUCAGAUUCGACGAAAAGAUGAAACUCGCCGUACCCAUCAAUGUCCGUGGUCCCAAAGAUGUGUUAGAACUUUGCAAGGAAAUGUCUUGUUUGAAGUCGUUCGUCCACGUGUCGACCGCAUAUGCCAAUUGUCCUAACGAUUUUAUCGAAGAAAAGAUCUACGAAGUACCUAUGGAUGCAGAGAAAUUGGUAACUCUCGUGGAAUAUAUGGACGAAAAAUUAAUCGAGGAAAUUACUCCGCGAUUAUUAGGUGUGUGGCCGAAUACGUAUACCUUUACGAAAGCAGUAGCAGAAAGCAUCGUUGUGAAAAAGGCCGGUGAACUGCCCGUUGGAAUAUUUCGUCCCGCCAUCGUGAUAUCCACGUACCGUGAACCAUUGAAAGGAUGGAUCGAUAAUCUAUACGGACCAACGGGUGUUGCGGCUGGUGCUGGUACCGGAUUAUUACGAUCGAUUCACUGUGACGGGUCCAAACAGGUCAACGUGGUACCCGGGGACUUGACUGUAAAUGCUCUGAUAGCCUGUGCAUGGGAUGUGGCGAAUCGUCGAAAGUCUCUAACGAUCACAGAUGAACAAAAUCAAGUACCUAUUUACAAUUACGUUUCAAAAGAUAAUUCUAUUACGUUCGAUCAACUGAAAACUCUGUCCGAAAAAUAUGGCCUCGAAUUUCCUACUGGCAAAGCCAUAUGGUAUUACAGUUUUCGAAAUAACAAACACAAGAUUAUUCAUUUUUUCUACGUUUACUUUUUACACUUGUUACCAGCACUCUUGAUCGACACCGUUACGCUCUGUUUAGGGAAACAACCGAGAAUGUUGAAAGUCUACAAAAAGAUACACAAAUUUAUGGAUGUACUCAAUUACUUUACUACCAAGGAAUGGAAAUUUUCAAAUGAUAAUAUUAAAUCGUUAUUAAACAAAUUGUCGGAGAAGGAUCGUGAAAAUUUUGCUUGCGAUAUCACACAGGUCAACUGGGAUCAUUAUUUUCGAGCGUACGUGCAAGGAAUUCGUGUAUACCUGAUAAAAGAUCCCCUAGACACCCUCCCACAAGCACGCAUCAAAUGGCAAAGAUUAUACUGGAUUCAUCAAGUGCUAAAGCUAAUUCUCGCUUAUGGUCUAUUGCGAAUAUGUUGGUUAACCAUGUCUCAUCUCUUUCCAAGUUGCACACGUCAAUUUGCGUAGUAAAUGUGUAUUACAUGUAUUACCCGUGAUAAUGCGCGCUCGUUUAUACAUAUACAUGUAUACACGUAUGUGUGUGUCAGAUAUAUGCCAUCGCGUCGAAACUUGGCUCCGAUUGGAUCGAGUUCACCGAUUAUCGCGUUUGUGAUCGAAACUGAUGUAACCAGUAAUACUACCUUUCCGACUUUUCCAACAGUUUCAGAAGAAUGGUCGAGAAAGGAAGGAAGGAGAAGAAAAUAUGAAAAAAGGCGGGUAAUAAAGUAUACCGGUCUUUAUAUCUGCAAUUUCCGGUUUAUCUGCAAUACCUAAAGUUCAUCACUUAACUCCGAUUCAAUAUUAUAUCAGUAGCAUCGAAGAAAUUUCUAAAAAGACAAGAGAAUACAGAGCACUUCCGUCCAUUUCUCUUUCCUUUUUUCUUUCUUUCUUUCUUUCUUUCCUUCCUUCCUUCUU